CUUGCUAAAAAGCAACAUUAACAUUCAAAUUGUACAGUGGAAAUUUUCUUUAUCACUGUGGUAUCAACUGCAGUUUGGAAAAGCCUUGCUGAAAUGAUUACUAAGUAUUGGAAAGGAUGUAUGAAAUGACAUUACAAAUCUGUGUUCAAAGAAUAUUAUUUACGUUGCAAAGUGAAACCCUUGAAAGUUAGGAAAUUUAGGUUUCCAUGCAAUUUUAAUUGCCCCUUGUGCAUCUGCAUUAUGGUAACUUUUAAUUACAUAGUCACAUAGUAUUUUUUUUCCCUCAGGAUCCCUGGAGUUUAGGAAGCUAUUCAUCAUACAUGCUUUUUGAAUGGAAAUGAUAAAAAUAAUUGGUCUCUAUAGCAGUGGUUCUCAGCCAGGGGUAUGCAGAGGUCUGCCAGGGGUGCACCAACUCAUCUAGAUAUUUGCCUAGUUUUACAACAGGCUACAUAAAAAGCACUAGCGAAGUCAGGACAAACUACAAUUUCGUGCAGACAGUGACUUAUUUAUACUGCUCUAUAUGCAGUGAAAUCAAGAUGUUACUAGACACAGAGACAAGGAAAGCCAGCAUCCUAGCCUCACUACAGGCUCUGGGGGAGGAUUCUGCAAAUGGGAGAAAAAGGAAGAAUCACAGAAGAAAGCUCAUCUCUGGUCCGAGUCCUACUAUGUGUGGCUGCCUUCCCCCAGGGAAACUUCUGCAUGGAUCCAAAUCUGAUAGAAUCUUCCAAAGGGGAAAUCUCACAGGAUCACUGGCUCUGGAAAGGGUGAGACUGACAAAAGCAAAGCUGGGGAAAAGGUUCCAAAUUCCUAAAGGCAAAGGAGACAGCAGAUGGGCACUUUCCCAAUCUCUACAGGAGAUCAUGUCCUCUGCCCAGGAAGACCAGGCAUGCUUUCAGCCAAAUCUUCUGUUCAGAUUUCAGAAAGCUGCUAAAAGCAUUGUUAUGCUUUGCUUACUUUACAGAGAGCACCACCUACUAGCCAACCUCAACUAUGGGAUUGAGAGAGUCAAGAGAUGGAAAUCCCAAUCAAACUACAUGGAACAGUCUAAGGAAGAGAUCCUCUUUGAUGUGACACUGUUCAGGGCUAAAAAACAGUCAAGGAUCUCUGAGCGUGCCAUACAUAUUCUUCAUCAGUGUCCUCAGGAGCGAAGUGAGAAGGACAUCAGCUACAUAUUAAUCACCCUGCAGCCCGUGAAGGCCUUUGGAAAUUACUCCACAAUGAUUCAGAAGAAGGUGGCAAAGGCUGGAUGGUAUUCAAGGGAAUCUGUCCUUUCUAGGUAUGAAUCCUGCCAAGUGAUGAUCCAACAGGGCUACGCACCACACUCCUUCUAUAUCUGUCUCUCAGGAUCUGCAACAGUUAUCAAGAGGAACAAUGACAGUGGCCAAGUAAAGCCUGCCUGGUUCUUUAGUCGAGGGGAUGCAUUUGGGGAUAGAGAGAUUAUAAAUGGUGACUACUGGCAGACAACUGUUAUUAUUCAGGAACCAGCUGAGUUUCUCUGUAUUGACCGAGAGGAUUUCAUCAAGAUUUUCCUGUCUGGUGGGAAAAAAGUGUUUGGAGAUCCUGAGCAGAUGCGGUUUCUGAGAAGUCUGCACUAUUUUAAAGGCUGGCCCAUCAAUCUGCUGGAAGACAAUCCUGGAAAAUGCAUUGUCUGUCACUACAGAAGAGGAACCAUCAUUCUUAGAAACAGUAAUGUGACUGAAUGGAUUUACAUUGUGAAAGAAGGAAGUUGUUCUGUACUGAAGAUUUUUAAAGAUGACUCUUGCCUAAGCAACAGAGCUCCCGUGAACAGAAUAAUGGAAGCUGAAGCCGGCAUUCACAAAUCUUUGUUGACAAGCAGGACAGAGACUCCUGUGAUCAUUGCCAUAGACACCCUGCUGAAGGGAUCUGUGUUUGGACUGUUAGACUUUCUUUUUGAGGAUCAGCCAAAUUUGUGUGUAGUUAGCAAUGGAGCUGAGUGUCUUAAGAUCUCAAAAAAGUUUUACCUGCAUCAUGCCUCCAAAAAUCUUCUGCAGAGGCUGCGAAAAAAAGAACGUUCCUAUCCCAGUGAUGCAAAGCUAAAGGAACAGCUGCAGCAGGAGAUACAAUGGCAGAUUUUUCGCAAAGCAGCUUUAAAGAGCACAGUUCAACAGAUUGAAUUGAAACGCAACCUGCUUCAACAUUGCUAUAUGAGUAAAGGGCUUUACCCAUGGUGUAAGAACUGACAUGUACACAAAUUUCUGUUAACAGUGAAGCUAUAAGAUACCAGUGAGUACCCCCUAAAGCAGCAACCCUAAAAUCUUGUGAAAGAAGGUGGUAUUAAAUCAGGCCUGUAGUUUCUUCAAUUUUAGGGUAGGCUACAAUGGUGAAAACUUUCAGGGAACUCUUUCCCUGUAUUUCUUAAAUAGUUAAAACGCUCUUUCCUUCAUGUUAACUCCACAACAGACAUCAUCUGUUUUUGAAUGAUUGGUACAUGUGCUCAUUGGUAUCUGUACCAUUCUUCUACCCAACUCCUAUCAACAGGUGAAGGAGCAUGAAGUAAGUUUCUUCUAGAUAAUUAGUACACCCUGACUGGGAGUGUCAUAGCAGCUGUUAUCUACUGAUGGUAUGCACUUAAGUAUGAUUGAUUGGAUUAUAAAUGACACUGCUUAUGGCUGAUGCUAACAAUAGCAUAGUUAGCCUUUUUGUACAAGGGACACCACACAAGUAUAUUAUUCCACCAGGGAGAGAAAUCAGGAAAAAACCCUACAGGGAAGAGUCAGAAUAUUUGCUGCUGGAGAAAAUAGUGCAUGAAAAAUGCAGAAUUUGCUGUAGUGAAAAGCAGAAGAAUACUAUUUUAGACACUUAAGUUGAAUCCGAAGUUGUGGAAUUUUAUAGUCUGUGAACGAACAGGCUGACGGCCUUGAAAAAACAGCAAAGAAGCUGCUAUCGUGUUGUCACCACCCUGGGUUUUAUCUUUAAAAUAAACCGCUUUAAUUAACCUUUUCAAUUGCAGGUUUUCUUUUACUGUUAGUUGAUUGUUUUACAUUCUCAAACAUGUCAAAAUCAUGCUUCAGUGUAUGUAACUUAAUUGAAUCAGAAGUAUAUUCCCACCUCCAGUUACUUGUUUACUUAAAACAAAUUGAUUCCCUUUCAUUGGCAACUGUUUUUAUAAUUAUGUAUUUAAAAUAUUGUAAAAUGCCUGUUUUCUAUUCUUAGACUCAGAUCUGUUAGGACUGCUUUCCUCCCCUGGUGUUAGUGUGUAUAUUUUCAAGAAAAUAUCCUCACUUCGUGGAUCAGUCUAGGACAGAAGGGAUGAGUGGCAUGUUACUAAUUUUUAUUUGAAUCUUCUGUUAAGAAAACUGAUAAAAU